AUGCUUGUUCUUGAAGAGGCUGGUCUCAAGAAGACGACUCAAAACACAUUGUCUGCUAUGGUUGCUCGUGAUUCGGACAAUUCUCAUGACUCUGUUGAUCAGUCCUCACAACGCCAUAUUUCAGGUGGUAAACGGCCUCAAAGUCGUGGAAAUUCUGGUAAGAAUAGAUAUUCCGGUGGGGGCAAAGGGAGAGGCAACUCCGGCAGUGGCUCAGGUGGUGGGGGCAAGGGCGGUGGCAGCAACAACCGCAAUGGUGGCCAGCAGCAGCCCCCCCUAAUCAGCGGACCUCUGGGCAGCAGUGGAUGCCGUGGUCCUGGAUGCAGUGGGCUGUACCCCCAUGUCCAUAUCCUACUGGACAAUGGGCCAGGCCUAACAUGA